GUUUUGAAACCGUAAGAUAAGUUGAACAAUAACCAGUUGUUCAUUCGUUUGUACGAUAACUUCAUUCAAUCAUUCACCGUCUUCCGCCAUUCUCGUUCAUUUCCAUUCAGUUUUUCUGUCAACGCUAUCUUGAGUGGACGUGUUGAGUGUCCGCGCAUCGGCGUAAUUAACUUCGAUACAAAAAUAUUUAUUCGGUAGCAAAAUUGUAAAUAAAACGUUUUGUAUAACUAAAAGUUACUUUAAUUUGCUGUCGCCAUUGUGUGCAAUAUCGCUUUCUACGCCAGCAAUGCGUACAGCGCGGUGUCCUACAUUAAAAACAUAGGUUACCGAAAGAAAGUUUUAAGUUUAUUUUUUUGUGUGUAAUGUGAAAAUGUUGAAGAUGGGUGUUUUGAAGGUGGAAAUAGUGUUGUUACUGAACUUGUUGGUAGUAAGCGGAGACGUGUAUAAUAACGAAGUGAGUGAACAUUCUCUGGAGUUGACUCAGUCCUUGAACUUGGCGCGACAAGAGUUGAUUCAAGAGACGUGCCGACAUUUCCCUCCGAAGUACGGUUUGGAUGAGCUUCCACCGAGCCAACUGGAGCAUAUCUUAAUAAACGAAGAACACAAACUUCUGUACUGCUAUGUGCCAAAGGUGGCCUGCACCAACUGGAAGAGAAUCUUCAUGAUGCUAUCUGGCAAGUGGAAUGGCACAGAUGUGUUAUCCAUCACUGCUAGUAUAGCUCAUACUCCUGGAUUGUUCCGGGAUUUAAGCAAUGUGAGCAAAGCAGAGAGAGAUUAUAUGCUAGAGAAUUACAACAAGAUGAUCAUAGUAAGGAAUCCAUUUGAAAGGCUGCUGUCAGCAUUUAGAAAUAAAUUGGAAGGUGAUACAUUGAGUGCCAGAUACUUUCAGGACCGCAUAGGAAGACGCAUCAUAAAGGCCUACCGCGAGAACCCAUCGAAUGAGUCUCUAGAGUAUGGCCGUGACGUCACGUUUAAAGAGUUUGCGCUGUUCCUCACGAACCGGUCUGAGGAGAUGGCUGAUGUCGUGAACAACGAACAUUGGCAGCCCAUCACGAACCUGUGCCAUCCUUGCCUGAUCAAAUACACAUUAGUCGGUAAAUACGAGACCUUGCUGGACGAUUCGACAUUAGCACUGCAUACGAUCAACGCAUCCCAUAUUCAAUUCCCACGUCUGGAUCAUACUUCGGGCACCGCAGAGAAACUGCACAGGUACUUCUCCCAACUCGACCUCCCCCUCAUCAGGCGGCUCUACAAACUCUAUAAACAUGACUACAGGAUAUUUAACUACAAUCUAGACAAUAUUGUAGGCUUCGACCUAGGUUAAAUCUAGAAAAUUUUCCACUGGGUGUGCCUAAGCCUUUAGAGCUAUAUUCCGACUCGGGGUGACAGCGUACGAUGGACUUAUCACGACCUAUAGUUCGGUCAAUCCAGUCAUUCAACAAGUCAUAAUAGACUUUUAGUUCGGUCAAGUGAGAAGGUUUUUGACGGGUCCGUUUGGACUUGAUUCUCGUGUGAUCUAGUUUUUGAAGAGAUCCAGGAUUGAUGUGCUUUUUAUCCUGGAUCUUUUUGAAAUAUAUCUAUUAUUUUUAUGUUCUCGUAGACCAAAAGGGAAGGUUGUAUUUUUAUUAUAUUGUUGCGUGAAUUUCGUGUGUAAGUUUAUUAUAAUUGCUUAUUUUUGUUCCUGUUGAAAAGAAACUACCAUUUUAAACAACAUACAUGUAUUCAGAGUACUGCUAUAGAGAAAGUGCAGUGUUUAGUUUUUAGCUCAACGUUUUAGUCAGAAGUGGCGAGCCAUUGAAGUGUUUACCUUAUUUUCUUAUAGUUUAGGUUUAAGUUUGUGUUCGGAUUGUCUUGUGAACCCGUUACGCUCUUGCCCCGGUCGAUAGACGCCAGAAUAAAAAUGUAUAAUAAUUAAAUAUGGUAAGUAACUUAUGUAAAUAAAUUACAAUAUUUAUAAAUGCCCCAUUAAUUCGUUGUAUUGUAUAUUUUAGAUUUAGCUGUAUGGUUACUAAAAAGAGAUCUGAAUCAGGUCAUAGUAGAUUUUAUCCUCAAUAAUUUUAAUUGAAUUCGACAUCUUGAAGGAAUUAAAUAAGACGCGUUCUGACGGUAGAUAACCAUAUCUAAUAUUGGUAUCUAUAAUCGUAUUAAUUAUCUAAAGUAAUAUUUUAUAUCAAUAUGAUUUCAUAGCAAUGAAAUAUGCAUUUUAAUUUGUCAUUUCGUGUAUAUGGAUAAAGAUAUAUUACCUAGUUAUAAGUAAAGUUAUCUUUAUAUAGACGUCGCAGCGAUAUUAUAGUUGAUAUUGUCGUAAUGAUCCAUUUGUUUGCAAAACUCACGCCUAAAUACUGAAAGUUUAUUCAAUUUUAACUUGUACCUAAAUAUCGUGCCAUCGCUGUCUUUAUACAAAGAAUUUGUAUUGACAGAACAA